UCCGAAGGUUUUACAUGCCUUUCUUGAUUAGGGGACUGGAAAAACAAAUUUGGAAAGAAACAGUUGUAGAAAUAGAAUUAAUCCGAUUCCGAAAUAAAUAAGAUUUGCAAAUAGCCAAGCAUUGAAAUGGCUAAGAUUUGCAGACUGAAUUCCCUGCACAACGCCCUUAGAUAUCUCCAACAGUCGUCCUUCUCCACCGCGGUUAUCCGCCAGCGUUCUUCCUCCAUUCCGCGUCUCUCCUCGCCGCCGUUCUCCACCACCGUCCGUCUCCUUCGCACCGGUCGUGAUCCUGCCAUCAGGUACGAGACUGCAGCUCCAUUAAACUGGGGCAUUCGCAUCGUACCGGAGAAAAAGGCCUACGUGAUAGAAAGGUUCGGGAAAUACUUGAAAACGCUUCCGUCUGGAAUACAUUUCCUUAUCCCAUUCGUGGAUAGAAUUGCCUACGUUCAUUCCCUCAAGGAAGAGGCUAUUCCAAUCCCGGACCAAUCCGCUAUUACCAAAGACAAUGUCAGCAUUCUCAUUGAUGGCGUUUUAUAUGUCAAGAUUGUGGAUCCCAAGCUUGCCUCUUACGGCGUUGAGAACCCAAUCUAUGCCGUCAUUCAGCUUGCUCAAACUACCAUGCGUAGCGAGCUUGGUAAAAUUACCCUCGACAAGACCUUCGAAGAGAGAGAUACUCUCAACGAAAAGAUUGUGGAGUCCAUCAAUGUUGCCGCAAAAGACUGGGGCCUUCAAUGUCUCCGUUAUGAGAUAAGGGAUAUAUCUCCACCUCGUGGGGUGAGAGCAGCUAUGGAGAUGCAAGCAGAAGCAGAGCGUAAAAGAAGAGCUCAAGUUCUUGAAUCUGAAGGUGAAAGACAGGCCGACAUAAAUAUUGCUGAAGGUAGGAAAAGUUCUGUGAUAUUAGCAUCUGAAGCAGCAAGAAUGGAUCAGGUUAACCGAGCACAAGGUGAAGCGGAAGCCAUCCUUGCUAGAGCCCAAGCUACAGCUAAAGGAAUUGCCUUGGUGUCACAAUCCUUAAAGGAAAAUGGGGGAGUUGAGGCAGCAAGUUUGAGGAUUGCAGAGCAGUAUGUUCACGCCUUCAGUAAUAUUGCCAAGGAGGGCACAACGAUGUUGCUUCCUAGUUCUACUGCGAAUCCUGCAAACAUGAUUGCCCAAGCUCUCACCAUGUACAAAAGCCUGGUUAAAAAUGCUUCUGCAGAUGGUUCUUACACAAACGUUGCCCAUGAACUACCCAAAAGCACCAAGGAUGCUCCUGGAGAGCCUGAAGGUGAAACCCUAGACCUCUCUAAAUCAGUGGAAGCAAGGGAUACGAGUCAUGAUGGUCAACCGGUAUUUUCACUCCAGAACCCCAAGAAAAACAAUUAGAAACCGAUUUUAUCAAAAUUCUAUUGCUUGAAACCAGAUUGUCUUUCUGGGUUCUUGUAUGGAGACUACGUUGAUACUAGUUAAAACAUUCCUAAUAUUUCAAAAGGAAAAUAUAAGGAUUUAGAGGAUAUUAGAAUGCUCAUUCAUUUGGCAAAGACUAGGACUGCCUUUUGUAAUACAGGCUGGUGUAUCUUUUGUAGCCUCGAGAAUCCAACUAAAGGUUGAAAAGUUUUCAUGAAAC